UUUCUCCUGAAAAUCCAAACCUUGGUCAUCCAAAUUUCCCCGCCUCAAAUUUAGGCCCUUCACUCAACACCAUGAGUUAUUCAGAAAAUAUUCCAACGUCCAAGAUGUCACCAUUCUCAUCAUCCAGCAGCAGCGAUAUCAUUGAGGUCACGCCCCAAUUCCCGAUCAGCAACCAAUGCUUUGAAGCAGGUUCAGCAUCGGAUGGUUCCCAGUCCUUCAGAAGGACUAGAGUUCCGGACAACAAGCAAUCCAAUGCAAUGAAUCACCCUCCAUCAAACGGAGGAACGGGCAACAUUUUCUUCAAGACCCGUACUUGUAUCAAGUUCGGGUUUGGUACCUGUCGAAACGGUGAAAAUUGUACCUUUGCUCAUGGGGACGAUGAAAUUAGACAGCCGUUUGGUACCUGUCGAAACGGUGAAAAUUGUACCUUUGCUCAUGGGGACGAUGAAAUUAGACAGCCACCCGCAAACUGGCAGGAGCUUGUUAGUCCUCGUACAGAUGAACGGCUGCAAUUGGGCGAGAAUUGGAAGGAAGACCAGAAAAUCAUUCAUAAGAUGAGGCUGUGCAAGAAGUAUUGCAAUGGCGAGGAAUGCCCUUAUGGAGAUAAGUGUAACUUUCUUCAUGAGGAUCCUGCCAAGUAUAGGGACGAUUCUUGGAAAAAAAGAGAAUCCUCUGCAAUCAGCAUUGAGACUUCUAAUCAUUUGGAAGGCAGUAGGGCUGGAACUAAGCAGGAAAGGGGCGCAUAUUGGAAGACUAAGAUCUGUCUCAGGUGGUUGAAUACCGGAAGCUGUCCCUUUGGUGAUGGCUGUCACUUUGCUCAUGGAAAUGCAGAGUUACAAGUUCCUGGUGGAGGCAUUGAAGCGGAAGCUGCGGUUGCUAUAGCAAAUUCAACAAAAGCUGUCGUUCCAACUUUACCAACUACUGAUUCUUCUGCUAAUUAUGCACCUACCUUACCUGCAAGUGUGCCUGCGGCGACGGAAGAGGAGAAGAAAGCCAAGAAGGAAUUACUUUGGAAGAAAUUAAACAAGAUCAACCGUAUUUAUGGCGAUUGGAUUGAUGACUUACCUUCCGACUUGCCAAGUACAGCGGAGCCCUGAGUUGAAUUCUGUGCUCUUGGAAACAGCCUACAUGUGGAUAAGAAUUCUUCUCCGCUAACAAACAAUUUUGAAAACAUGGUCAUUGGUGAUGGUGAUCGAUUCCUAUAAUUACCUUUUAUUGAUUCUUUUUACUGGUAAUUAGUACAUUUUUAUGGUCACAGACGUGUGCAUUUGUCAGUUUGAGGGGUGUUUCGAUAAAUUCAACAACUUUUUAUGGGAGUCUAGGUUGGGUGAA